AUGUCCACACAGCUUCAUGAACAAACGUUGAGUGAGAUCUCAUCGGAUCACCGUGCCGAUGAAACGACCACGUUGUCAUGGAUGGAUCACUUCAUGACGAUUCAAAAUUCAGUGGAUUCUUCUCAAUCUCUUCAAGUUCAUUACAUUGAAUUUAAUCCUCGGAAGGAAGAUUUAAAGAUGGUUCAGCAUCCUCAUCCUCCUCCCUAUCAUUAUAUAUUCAUGUUACAUGGAUCUUUUCAAACGUGUCACACCUUUGAUGACUUUGUGGAAGAAUGUAAACAGAAAUUCCUAGAAGACGAAACUCAACAUGUACGAUUUAUUGCAAUGGAUUUGAGAGGUCAUGGAGACACUCAACAUACUCCAAAUCAAUACAAGAUGAGAGCAUUUGUGAGUGAUUUGAAACAAUUCAUUUCCAAAUAUUUUGAACAAAUGAAUCUUUCAGAGGAUGAAACAUCAAAAAUCAAAUUAUCGUUUAUUGGAAUGAGUUUGGGAGGACUCGUUUUGAUGAAUACUUUUUUAACAAUGCCUCCACAGAAUGCUUCAUCGAGUGAACUCGAGUUUUAUGUGAAAUUCUCUAAAAAACUUUACAAUAUGACUGUGAUUGAUAUUUCACCAGAUCAAAUUCCUGUGAAAACUGUUGUUGACGACGAUGCAACAGGAACUUCUCAUGUGACUCAACAAGUACAAGCCACACAAGAAUUUGAUACGUUUGAAGAAUUUCUAAAUUGGGCACAAAAAUAUAACCCUCGAAGAAGUGUUGAAAAUCUCAGAAAGAGAUUGCAAUAUUCGUUGAAACAAAAUGAGACAACCAAAAAGUGGACAUGGAAAUAUGAUCCUACUUUUAACAUUGAGAGAAUUGCAGAAGAAAAUCCACAGUUAAAUAUGAGACAAGAUCUUUGGAAUCGUUUGAAAAUAUACACUCAACAAACAACCAUUCCAUUAAAUAUUUGCAUUGUGAAGGGAGCUCAAAGUCAGGUCACAACAAGAGAACAAUUAGAAAAAUUACAUCAAAUUCUCUCAAAUUCUUCAUUGCAUUCGUGUACAUUGGUUGAAAUUGAAAAUGCUGGUCACUCGGUUCUUGGGGAUAAUCCAAAAGAAUUCAUUAACAAGUAUUAUGCAAAACAAUUCUUAAUUUGA